CUUAAUGAAAAUCAUGUUCGCCCUAGGAACGAAAAUUUUCGUUGAGAUAACAAACUUGGCCUUUAACUGCCAGUGCCUACAGUUAUUUUCAUUUUAUUUGGCGACGGUCUCGCCAAAAGAUAGUAAAGUAGGAUGUGGUGAGAUUUCGGAGAGCCGAGAAGUAACUCCUUUGCUCCCAAUUCCUGUUUGCCACAGCCCACACAUUCUGGUCUCAUCCUUUCAGUGCUGCCGUCGCGGGGUCUAAGUUUGGAGGUGGGCACGGGGUGGAGCACUAGCAGUCCGCUUGGCUUCCCGUCUGCCCCAGAAAAAUAACUUCUUUGAAAGCAAAGAGGUGGGGCUGCGGAGUAUCUGUCAUUAAGGGGUUUUAUGGGUGGGACCCAGAGACGCGGGGGAGGGGAGGGAGUGGUCCGCGGGUGGGAUCUGUCGAACUGACAAAAUGUGGGGCCCCUGUCGCUUGAAGUUCAACUUGUCUCUUACUGAGCGAGGAGCAAGGUAUCUGUAGUGCCUCUCCCAGGGGCACGUACAGGAGAGAAAAGCGACCAAGAUAAGAGUGGACAGAGGAAAAAGGGAGACAUGUUCUCCACGAAACGGCCCCCUGCCCUUGCUCCGGAAGAGCGCUACCGCCCAGCCAGGGCCCCGGAGCGGGUCUUGGGAGCUGAUGACAAUAACAUGGGUGAUGGCUGCUCUCAGAAGCUGGCGACUGUUACUACUCUCCGUUUCCUGUUGCUGGUCCUGAUUCCGUGUAUCUGUGCUCUCAUUGUCCUGCUGGUGAUCCUGCUCUCCUUUGUUGGAACAUUAAAAAAAGGCUAUUUUAAAUCAAAUGGAAGUGAACCUUUGGUCACUGAUGGUGAAGUCCACGUGUCUGAUGUUAUUCUUCCAAAUACAGUUCCUAACGAGAGUACUGGGACGCCUACAGCACACCCCACCCGACACAUUCCAGUCUGGACCACAGGUGCUUCUCUCCCAGGGGACCAAAAUCACAGGAACACAAGUGCCUGCAUGAACAUCACCCACAGCCAGUGUCAGAUGCUGCCCUACCACACCACGCUGACACCUCUCCUCUCAAUUGUCAAAAACAUGGAAAUGGAGAAGUUCCUCAAGUUCUUCACGUACCUCCAUCGCCUCGGUUGCUAUCAACACAUCAUGCUUUUUGGCUGCAUCCUUGCCUUUCCCAAGUGCAUCGAUGAUGGUGAUGACAGUGUUGGGCUCCUGCCCUGUAGGUCCUUCUGUGAGGCUGCCAAGAAGGGCUGUGAAUCAGUCCUGGCCAUGAUGAAUGCCACCUGGCCUGAUUUCCUCAAAUGCUCCCAGUUUAGAAACCAAAGUGAAAACAAAAAUGCCAGCAGGAUUUGCUUCUCACCACAGCAGGAAAGAGAAAAGCAAUUGCUGUGCAGAGGGGGCGAGAGCUUUCUGUGUGCCAGUGGCAUCUGUGUCCCCAGGAAACUGCAGUGUAACGGCUACAAUGACUGUGACGACUGGAGUGACGAGGCUCAUUGCAAUUGCAGUGAGAAUCUGUUUCACUGUCACACGGGAAAGUGCCUUAAUUACAGCCUUGUGUGUGAUGGCUACGAUGACUGUGGGGACCUGAGUGAUGAGCAAAACUGUGAUUGCAGCCCCACAGAGGAGCAUCGCUGCGGAGAUGGGCGCUGCAUCGCCAUCGAGUGGGUGUGUGACGGUGACCACGACUGUGUGGACAAGUCCGAUGAAGCCAACUGCUCAUGUCACAGCCAGGGGCUGGUGGAAUGCAGAAACGGACAGUGCAUCCCCAGCACCUUCCAGUGUGAUGGAGAUGAGGACUGUAAGGACGGGAGUGAUGAGGAGAGCUGCAGUGAUGACGGUCAGACUCCGUGUCAAGAAGGAGACCAAAGAUGCCUGUACAACUCCUGCCUUGAUUCAUGUGGUGGCAGCGCUCCUUGUGACCCUGGCAACAGUCUGAAUAACUGUAGUCAGUGUGAGACAAUUACGUUGGAACUCUGCAUGAAUUUGCCCUACAACCAUACAAGUUACCCAAAUUACCUUGGCCACAGGACACAAAAGGAAGCAUCCAUCAGCUGGGAGUCCUCUCUCUUCCCUGCACUUGUUCAGACCAACUGUUACAAAUAUCUCAUGUUCUUCGCUUGCACCAUCUUGGUACCAAAGUGUGACGUGAAUACAAGCCAGCGUAUCCCCCCUUGCAGAGCUCUGUGUGAGCAUUCCAAAGAACGCUGUGAGUCUGUUCUUGGGAUCGUGGGCCUCCAGUGGCCAGAAGACACAGAUUGCAAUCAAUUUCCAGAGGAAAAUUCAGACAAUCAAACCUGCCUAAUGCCUGACGAAGAUGUGGAAGAAUGCUCACCUAGCCACUUUAAGUGUGGCUCAGGACGGUGUGUGCUGGCUUCCAGAAGAUGUGAUGGCCAGGCUGACUGUGAUGAUGACAGCGAUGAAGAAAACUGUGGAUGUAAAGAGAGAGAUCUUUGGGAAUGUCCAUCCAAUAAACAAUGUUUGAAGCACACAGUCAUCUGUGAUGGGUUCCCAGACUGCCCUGAUAACAUGGAUGAAAAAAAUUGCUCAUUUUGCCAAGACGAUGAGCUGGAAUGUGCCAACCACGAGUGUGUGUCACGUGACCAGUGGUGUGAUGGUGAAGCCGACUGUGUAGACAGUUCUGACGAAUGGGACUGUGUGACCCUCUCUGCAAACGUGAACUCCUCUUCACUCCUGACUGCUCACAGGUCUGCAGUCGAACACCAUGUGUGUGCAGAUGGCUGGCAGGAGACACUGAGUCAGCUGGCCUGCAAGCAGAUGGGUUUAGGAGAGCCAUCUGUGACCAAAUUGAUUCAGGAACAGGAGCAAGACCAACCGUGGCUGACGUUGUACUCCAACUGGGAAAGCCUUAAUGGGACCACUUUGCAUGGACUACUGGUAGAAGGGCAGUCUUGUCACAGCAGAAGUAAGAUUUCUCUUCUGUGUACUAAACAAGACUGUGGGCGCCGCCCUGCUGCCCGAAUGUACAAGAGGAUCCUCGGGGGUCGGACGAGUCGCCCUGGAAGGUGGCCGUGGCAGUGUUCCCUUCAGAGUGAACCCAGUGGACACAUUUGUGGCUGUGUCCUCAUUGCCAAGAAGUGGAUUCUGACAGUUGCCCACUGCUUUGAGGGGAGAGAGAAUGCUGCCGUUUGGAAAGUGGUGUUUGGCAUCAAUAAUCUGGAUCACCCAUCAACGUUCAUGCAGACGCGCCUUGUGAAAACCAUCAUCCUGCACCCUCGCUACAGUCGAGCGGUGGUGGACUACGACAUCAGCAUUGUGGAGCUAAGCGAAGACAUCAAUGAAACAAGCCAUGUCAGACCCGUCUGCUUACCCAGCCCGGAGCAGUCGUUAGAACCUGACACUUACUGCUAUAUCACAGGCUGGGGACACAUGGGCAACAAAAUGCCUUUUAAGCUGCAAGAGGGAGAAGUCCGCAUUAUUCCCCUGGAGCAGUGUCAGUCCUACUUUGACAUGAAGACCAUCACCACCCGGAUGAUCUGUGCGGGCUAUGAGUCUGGCACCAUCGACUCGUGCAUGGGUGACAGUGGCGGGCCUCUUGUUUGUGAGCGGCCUGGAGGACAGUGGACAUUAUUUGGCUUAACUUCAUGGGGCUCCGUCUGCUUUUCCAAAGUCCUGGGGCCUGGAGUUUAUAGCAAUGUGACAUACUUUGUCAAAUGGAUUGAAAGACAAAUAUAUAUCCACACCUUCCUCCUAAACUAAUUCCAAAGAUGAUCAGAGACUUUUGCCAGCGACAUUCAAAGAAAACGGCCUUCCUGACCAUGCAGAACUUCUUCCUUUGCAGAGAGCUAUACAGAAGCACUUUUUCAUGGACCGGGAUGCUUAACAGUGCGCUGCAAAUGUUCAUGUCUUCUUGGUCUAGUUUUAUUCAGCUUUUUAAAAACAUUCUAUUUUUCUCCUACUUUAAGUUCAAUGAAAGUCUUUAAAAAACAAAGCUAAAGUUUGUUCUUUUGCCAGGCAGGCUUAACCUUGACUGUAACAUGGAAUGAUCAACUCUGGAAAGAGAAUAAUUCAAGCGCUAGCCCAACAGGUUAGAGAAGGUUCGGUUUUGUCCGGUCACAGAAAGGACACUGAGAUCCAAGCUGACUCAUCUUUGCCAGCUUUUGUUUCUCAAGCAGAGUAGCAUAGUAGCAAAUUUCAGUAUUAACUUUGGCGACUUGCUUUUGAUUUAUUAGAAGCCAAGAUAAUUUACAUGCUUAAGUUAUUUUCUAUUUCUCUUCUAAAGUUUGCAUAAUUCUGAGCACUUAUGAAAGACAGCAGAAAUUACAAGACAGACUGAGCACAAAGCUCGUUUGAUAUCAAUAUUAGCACUUGGUAUCACAGGACUGCCCAUUCUGAAUUCAAAUCAAGGUUGUAAUUUUAUAGAAAAGUUUCCAUGGAACCUUCCUGGCUGAGGUUUGUUCACUGUGUAUCAGUUGCCAACUGAGCUUUCAACAACUGGAAAAAUAUUUGUGGGAAGUAUUUCAUUCUCCUAUGGGCUAAUGAAGUUGAAAUUAAAUUUUACCAAAGGCAAACUCGCUUUAGAGUGAAGAGAUGUAAUAUUUUAAAAAAAGAAAAUUAAAUUGUAUCCCAUCCCUAAUUAAAUAUUUACCAGUUUUCCUGUGUUCAUCCAUACCAAUAAAAAGCACAGUAAGACUUUGCAUGAAGGAAAGUAUUUUGCAAUUUUCCUCAAAAGAUGUUUAAUAUCUGGUGUUGCCAUUUCUCCCCAUUGAUAAUUAAAACAAAAAUUUAAAGAUGCUUUUAAGCACUAGGCCACUUUAGGAACAUCAAUUUCUGAAGUAAUUAGUCAAAGAAUUUUUCUCCACUAAGAAGUUUCAAAACACAAAUCUUCACAUGCACCUAAUUUAAUGAGUCAGGCAUCCCUUUUGCAACAUCCAAAUGCCUUUUGAAUGAAUACAAUUCCGUACUAACCUUCACCAGCAACCUGGGCGGCCUCAGCAUUCCACAGAGGUCACCUGCAAUUUUAUACACGUGUUUUGGUACUUUUCUACCUGUGUGCAUAUGCACAUUCGAAAAGUUGUCUUGACA